AUGGAAGUAAACCUAUUGAAUUUCCUAGCUAUUUUCACCCUGAUCGCAGCCCUAGGCUAUUGGCAGAAUCGAAAGAAUGAUUACUUCCACCGGAAACCGAUUCCAUCACUGGCCACGAAACCAUUCAUCGGCAGUACCGGAUCGUUGCUGCUGAAAAAGUACUCCAUCUUCGAGUACAUCUGCACGAUCUACAACAAAUAUGCUGGAGCUAAAGUUUUCGGACUGAUGGACUUCAACCAGCCGGUGUUUGUGCUGCGCGAUCCGGAGCUGAUCAAACAGGUGGCGGUCAAGCACUUUGAACACUUCAUAGAUCGAAGGCCGAUUUUCGGUCGAGACUCGGAGAGUCCGGAUCAGCUGUUUGUCAAAACGUUGUUCUCGAUGUCGGAUCAAAAGUGGCGUAAUAUGCGAGCGACGUUGAGUCCGGCCUUCACCGGAAGCAAGAUGCGGCAGAUGUUUGAGCUGGUGGUAAAGUGUGCAGAGAAUUCCGUGGGAUUUUAUCGAGGAGAAAUUGGGCAACAGAGUGGUAAACAGUACGAAAUGAAGGAUGUCUUUGCACGAUUUGCCACUGACGUGAUUGCGACCUGUGCCUUCGGUAUUCAGGUUGAUUCGUCUCGGGAACGUGACAAUGAGUUCUAUCGAACCGGAAGAGACAUGAUGUCGUUUGGAAGGUUCAGUGUCUUGGUUAGGAUUUUCUUCUGCCGAGUGAUGCCUUCGGUUGCGAGUGCCUUAGGGAUCGACAUCAUAGACAGGAAACACAAUCGCUACUUUUCCAAACUUAUCAAGGAAGCCGUCAAAGCUCGUGAAACUCGAGGAAUCGUUCGACCAGACAUGAUUAACCUGCUGAUGCAAGCUCGCAAGGGAUUGCUGAACCAUGCAGGGGAAACUGAACAACGGGAAGGAUUCGCAGUCGUUGAAGAAUCUGAAGUCGGUAAAGGUCAAGCCACCAAAACCAUGACCGAACCGGAAAUGAUAGCUCAAUGUUUGAUUUUCUUCCUGGCUGGCUUCGACACCGUCUCUACCUGCCUGACCUUCCUAGCUUACGAACUCACCUUAAACCCAGAAAUUCAACGAAAACUCUAUGAAGAAAUCGUCGAAACCCACGAAACCCUUGGAGGAAAGUCUCUCACCUAUGACGUCCUUCAGAAAAUGAAGUACAUGGACAUGGUCGUCUCCGAAUCGCUUCGACUCUGGACUCCGAUACCUGCGGUGGAUAGACUUUGCGUCAAAGAAUACACCCUCGACGAUGGUCAGGGUCUCAAGUUCACCAUCGAAAAAGGCACGGGUGUUUGGAUUCCACUUCAAGCGAUUCAUCGGGAUCCAAAGUACUAUCCCAACCCGGAAAAGUUCAUCCCGGAGCGGUUUAGCGAAGAAAAUCGACCUAACAUCAACUUGAGCACCUACAUGCCCUUUGGAGUGGGUCCUCGUGCCUGUAUCGGGAUCCGUUUUGCCCUCAUGGAGGUGAAGGCCAUCGUGUACUACAUGCUGAGGGAGUUCAGCUUCAACCGGACCCACCAAACGCAGGUGCCGCUCAAGCUGGUCAAGGAGUUUUCCGGACUAACUCCGGAACGAGGGGUGCACGUUGAGUUGCGUUCCCGAGGAAAAUGAUGUGAAUACCUAUAUGAAUAAUUGAGGUUUAAAUGAUAAAA